AUGCCGCGACGGCGGCCCCCAGGAGAUGGUCGCGUCGUGAACAACCUCAUUAUAUUUGCAGCAGCCUUUUUGCUACUACCGUGGCUCGUCGAUGCUCAGCAGCAGCAGCGACAACGGCAAGACUCUCCACGCGAGAGCCUCGAGCACGAGAAGUCUCACACGCUCGAGGCCACCAAAAUAGCAGCACGCCAUCUCGAAACCCCUCACUCAUCAGGUCGAAGGAAGAGUACUCUGAGCAUUCAUCACGACCGACCCGUCAAGAACGAUGCGAGCGCCAUCGCAACUUUGGCUCCGGCAGAUUCUGCCGUUGCAGCACCUCCUACAAGACGGCCCAGCACAAGUAGUGCUGGGCUUACCUCGCCGCAUACUGCGCGGAGUCUUGAGGAUUGGGAAGUGGAAGACUUUGUGCUUCUGGCGACCGUCGAUGGAAAAUUACAUGCCAGGGAUAGAAAGACCGGCAAGGAGAGAUGGGAACUGUCAUAUGAAAGACCCAUGGUGGAAGCAACAUACUACAGACGGAAUCGUUCUUCCGUUGAAGAAGACUAUGAAAGUAUCCCAAUUGACGAGUUCCUUUGGAUCGUGGAGCCGAGUCGAGAUGGCAGUAUCUACAUAUACCGUCCCGGCGGUCCAAAUCCGGGCCUCAUCAACACGGGUCUCACCAUGAAGAAACUUGUGGAGGAAUCGCCGUAUGGAAACGAGGACCCUCCUAUUAUCUACACCGGGGAGAAAAAAACCGACAUGAUCACCGUCGAUGCACAUACUGGAAAGGUUAUCAAAUACUUCGGUCCCAAGGGAUCACAGUUCAACGGCGACGGGAAUUGCGUCAACCGAGGCUUCCCUAGUGAGGAGUGUACAAAUCCAACUUUGACAAUUGGACGGACUGAGUACACCGUUGUCAUUCAGGCUAGGAAGGAUGGUCAUCAGAUUGCUACAUUGAGCUUCUUUGAAUGGAGUCCAAACACUUUUGACCAGGACCUACAGCGUCAAUAUCAUGAAACACCUGACAACAAAUACAUAUACACUGGUCAUGAUGGUGGUGUGAUUGGGUUUGACCACGAUCGAAGUGACCAAGGCCGGGCAGACGAGUCAGGUCGUUUGUUUAAACAUAAAUUUGCGUCACCAGUUGUUCGUGUUUUCGAUGUUGCGAGGCCUUGGACUUCGGAAAAGAACAACCCUGAGUUGAUUAUUUUGCCCCAGCCAAUGCCACCGAGUCAUGAUGAUGAUGCUGCCGCUCAGCAUCGUGCGAGCAGCAUCUUUCUUAACCAUACCGAGGAUGGCAGCUGGUAUGCCAUGUCUGGCAGGUCAUAUCCGCUGGCUGUUCAAGGAACACGGUUAGCUCAGUGUAUGCAACAAGGCUGGAAGCAACACCGACCUUCCUGGGAUAUCAUGAAUGGACGUCAAUUGUCUGAGGCGCUCGUUGGCCUUCACUCGAUUGAACACGCUAAAAAUGAGCCUAUGUUGACUAUUGCUGCUCCUCCAUCCCAUGAGAUUCAGAUCGAUGAGCCACUUGACGAUAAAUUUCCUGCUCUGAUGAGUCUGCCCAACCUGUCCUAUCGUUUCAGACAAGUACCUUGGAUGGCGGCACACUUUCUUCUUGAAUUCAUCAAGAACCCGGUGUUGAUUAUCAUUUUGACUGGCUUGUUGGUCAACUACCAGCAACAAGUUCGAGCCUGGGUUGGACGUUUGAGUGGAGACAAACGAAUUGCAAACUACUUCUCACCCUCCAUCGUCUCACACGAUUCAGAGAUUAUCCGGACCCACAAGUCUCCAGAAAACAAGGUAUCUGAGCCAAUUGUAAACAACUUAGUCGUUGAGGUACCCCACAAAACACAGGAGGAGCCAAAAGUCAAUGGAGACGUUGUUACGGACAAUGAAGCCGCCAGUCCUGCUCAACCGAUUCCCGUGAUCACGACUGAGGGGCCUAGUCCAGCUCCAUCUCCGGAAAAGAAAAAGGGAAAAGCCCACAGGGGCCGCAGGGGUGGUGUUAAGCACAGAAAGGGAAAGAAUGCUUCCCAAGAUGGCUCUCCACCACAGGAUGGAUCUCAGGACGGAAAUCCCCCAAAGGCCAGGCCCACUGUUGAGGAUGCAGUUCGUGAUGCACAAAAGUUGGGCGAACAGACCAAGCUCGAGCCUGAUGUUCGCACAGUUCCCAACGAUCCAUCUGAAGUUUCUGGUCCAAUCAUUCGUAUUGGCGCUCUGGAGGUUAAUACUGAAAAACUCAUUGGGACGGGAAGUAACGGUACCAUGGUCUUUGAAGGUAAUUUCGAUGGCCGUGACGUUGCAGUAAAGAGAAUGUUGAUACAAUUUUUCGACAUUGCCUCUCAAGAGACCAAGCUCUUACGAGAGAGUGAUGAUCAUCCAAAUGGCAUGAUCUCUCAAUUCUCUGCUUUAUGUCAUAGAACUAAUAUGUAUUCUAGUCAUUCGAUAUUUCGCUCAACAACAAGCCGCGGGAUUUCUUUAUAUAGCCCUGGAAUUAUGUCCAGCCUCACUGGCUGAUGUGGUUGAAAAGCCUAACCUUCAUCGAGCUCUUGCACAAGGAGGUGAACAAGACUUGCCAGAUGUCCUGUAUCAAAUCACCAACGGUCUUCAGCAUUUACAUAACCUCCGUAUUGUGCACCGCGAUUUGAAACCUCAGAAUAUUCUGGUAUCGAUGGGCAAAAAUGGUCGACCACGCCUUCUUGUUUCUGAUUUUGGUCUCUGUAAGAAACUUGAAGGGGAGCAAUCGUCUUUCCGAGCGACUACUGCUCACGCAGCUGGAACCUCUGGCUGGCGUGCACCUGAACUUCUGCUAGACGAUGAUGCAAAAGAAGGUUCAUCAAUGGUUGAUGCAAGCACCGAUGGAGGCUCAGGAUCCAUCCUCGUGAGUUCGGAUAUGAUGCCCAAUCGACGAGCUACCCGCGCCAUUGAUAUAUUCUCUCUUGGAUUGGUUUUUUUCUACGUGCUCACCAAAGGAUCUCACCCAUUCGAUUGUGGUGACCGUUACAUGCGAGAAGUGAACAUUCGCAAGGCGAAGUACGACCUCAGUCGCCUGACAGUUUAUGGAGACUAUGGGCUAGAGGCUACGGAUUUAAUUGGUUCUAUGCUUCAGCCCGAACCCAAGCAACGUCCCACAGCUCGACAAGUUAUGGCACACCCUUUCUUCUGGUCAGCCAAAAAACGGUUGAAUUUCCUUUGCGAUGUCUCCGAUCAUUUUGAGAAGGAAAAGCGUGACCCUCCAACUCCACCUUUACAGGAGCUUGAGUCUUAUGCCUCUCAAGUGACCCGUGGUGAUUUCCUCAAGUACCUCAGCAAAGACUUUGUUGAUUCAAUGGGCAAGCAAAGAAAAUAUACUGGUUCACGAUUACUGGAUCUUCUCCGGGCCAUGCGAAACAAGAAGAAUCACUACGAGGAUAUGUCGGAGAAAUUGAAGCGAGAAGUUGGGCCACUUCCAGAUGGAUACCUGAGCUUCUGGACGACCAAGUUUCCGGACUUGUUGAUUACUUGUUGGAAUAUCAUCUACAAUUUGGGGGAGGACGAGACGGAUCGAUUCCGAGAGUAUUAUCUGCCUCAGGGUCUUUGA